UGUAGCACAACACAAAUGGUGGGCAGCCCUUCGAGCCCACUCGAGAAUGGGCAAUUCACAGCCACAGCGACAACCAAGCUGACGGUGAUUGUGAAGGGAGAGGUGGCGGAAUGUGCGCGGGAAAAGGUCUACCAGGCGCAGCAGAACAACCUCCCGGAUGCCUUCGCUGACGGAACGCGCAGUGGCGGCCCGAACGGAAUCCGCAGCCUCGUGCUCGACGUUCGGGUGCCGGGCAGGCACGUGGAGAUCCACAUCCGGUACAUCGAUACCACCAUCGUGCUGCGCCAGAUCGGGAACUACUUAACGUUUGCGAUCCGGAUGCCUGAGGACGUGAUAAACACGGGUAAUGUUGACGAGGAUGGGCUGCAGCUGUGCGUGAAAGGAUGCCCGCUGAGCGAGAGAAUAGACUACGUGGAGUUCCUGAAGCACCCGCCGCAGUCUUCGAACACGGUGCUUCACCGUAGCGAGGUCGCCAUGCCCAAGGAUUUGGCGAUAGCGAAAUGCCGGCAGAGCAACGUGACAGACUUCUACCUGGAUUCCUGUGUGUUUGACCUCAUGACCACGGGAGACGCCAACUUCACCCUAGCAGCUAAGAGCGCGCUUGAGGAUGUGAAUAGAUUGCAUCCGAACCCCGGGAGAACUCACCGAAACAGAACGAUAGAGUCUCACCUCAACGUUUCACAAACGCCAGUCAACAGUGCCCCGUCGAGAACUCUCCCCAGACGGACGCUCUCCCUGUACAUGUUACUCAUCUCGUGUAUAAUUUUAUUAACUAAUUGGUCAUAUUUUGUAACAUAACUAAUAUAAUAAUCUAAUAUAUAUUUCAAUUAUAAAAAAGACUUUAUAUACAACUCUCACAGCACACGACAGAUGUACAUAUGUUGAGAAGAAUAUGUUGUGCUGGGCUUUUUCUACUAUUGAUAAUUACGGUAGUAGCAUUAGUAGCGAAGGCACCCCUCAUAGUACCUGUACAAACCCUUUCCCCAAGCCGACUAGAGCGAGGAAAAUAACUUAUAAACGCUUCAGAACACGUCUCAGAACUUUCCUCUCUACCUCCCUACCUCCUCUUCUACUGACCACUGGAACACCUAACAUUUAUAUGUAGAUCGAAGUUGUAAAAUUACGACUAGUUGGUCGUAAGCAGAACGAGACCUAUUUCUGAAGUAUUGGAGUAGAAGUCUGAGAAUACAAGGGGAUAGAAAAACAUGAGGGCCAGUUUAACUCAGAUACAAACCAAGAAGGAUAUUUUAGGGGUGGAGGGCUGGGGAAUUGUGUCAUUUUAGUUGGGUGAAAAACUCAGAUCAGUACAUGGGAAGGAUAAAUUCAAAAAAGAAUUUGAAAUUUUGAGAAUUUGCUUCCAGGAAAAUUGUACAACCACCCUUCAUAUAUUUCUUGGCUUGUCCCUGAGUUGACACCACAUACUCUCAUAUUUACAUUUGUUAGGGUUUAAAAAAAAACUGCUUUUCAUUUUUAAGGGUUGGAAAAACCUGUUAUGGUGCUGCAGACUUGAAAUGAAUAGGAAAAAUUCUUCCCUUCCAAACUGUUCUGUCCAACCCAGAUGGCGUUUGAACCCCCCAGUCUAACCUUAUUGUUAGUCACCUUGCAGUUGCCAUUCCAACAUGGCGGUUCGGUUCAGUUUACCUCAGUUCGGUUCUUGUUGUUAAGAAAACCUGCGCCCUCCCCUCUCUCCUACUGGCAUGUUAGGUAUAGUUGUAUAUUUUAAAUUAUUCAAAAAGACUUACUAAAAGUAUUCCUCUUCUAAGGAAGUUGUAAAAAAUAAAGAAACGUUAAAGAAAAG